UGUAACACGGAAGAGGAAAAUAUGUGCAUCUUUUAGAAAUUUCGUAAGAUGUUGAGACACGAUACUGAAAAAAUCAAAAGACGUUUGAAACUACACAAGAAUCGUACCUGUUAAAAAUUUCUUUAAAUUCAAAUGUACCGUUCGGACCGAUGUUCCGUCCCAACUGUGGUUGUAUGUUGUAUACUAUAUUUCAAAAUGGCGUAAACAUGUGUUCACAGUGUUCGAGAAAACUGUGACGUCCAUUCUGUCAAGCGCGGUUGUUUUUUCAAGUAUUUCGAACGAAUUCCCUUCGAUAUAUUCGAUCAUUAGUUUAACUGGCAUGGCAGUCUGUGGCGAAUACAUUCGCAGUCAAUUUCCAACGAUAGAUGAUGAUUUGUAUCAAUACGUGGAAGGUAUCCUAGACAGCUCCAAAGAUGAUUUCGAGGACGCCGAUGAAGUAUACGAGGCGAUCGGAGAAGUGUUGCACGAAGUCGCGGACAAACCAGAGAAUGAGGUUAGGCAAAUAUGCGUGAAAUUAUUGGAAAUGUUAAAAGGUGGUUCAAAUGAUGAAAAUGUCGAAAAAAGGAAGAAUGGGGUAAACAAAGUAUUAAAUGCACCCGUUCAUUUGGGUACUAUGGCUGCCACUUUAGAGGCUCAGGUAGAACAAAUUAAAAGUAUAUGGGUCACCACUAGAGACGAUGCCAUGAAGGUAGAUGCAAAAAAGUUGGAAAAGGCAGAAGCAAAAUUACAACAGAAACAAGAAAAGCGCGUGAAUAACGAGUCGGCUGGACGUGUUAAUAACGUAUUGCAAGGUAUAGAAUCGGCGAGUGCCAGUCAGAUGACAAGUAAAAAGGAUAGUCGUAUGGAGACCAAGGGUGGUGUAAAUAAAACUCAGGAUAUAAGGAUAGAAAAUUUCGAUGUAGCGUACGGGGACAGAAUCUUAUUACAAGGAGCCGAUUUAACUCUAGCAUUUGGUAGACGUUACGGUCUUAUCGGUAGAAAUGGUCUUGGCAAAACUACUUUACUGAGAAUGAUAUCUAGCAAACAGUUGAGAAUACCAUCUCAUAUACGAGUGUUACACGUAGAACAGGAAGUUGCCGGCGACGAUACAUCCGCGCUGAAUUCUGUAUUACAAUGCGAUCAGGAACGGAGUACGUUGCUCAGCAAGGAAGCAGAGUUGCAGGUAGCAAUAGAAAAAGAUGGUGGAAAGACGGGGGACGCGUUAGGUGAAGAAUUAGCUAGAGUAUACGAAGCAAUGCAAUUGGCUGAAGUAGAUAAAGCCCCUGCUCGAGCGAGCGCUAUUUUAUCGGGUCUUGGGUUUUCUGUUGAAAGACAAACGUGGCCAACUAAAGCUUUUUCCGGUGGCUGGAGGAUGAGACUUGCUCUUGCGAGGGCACUGUUCUCCAGACCAGACCUUUUGUUACUCGACGAGCCCACAAACAUGCUUGACAUCAAAGCGAUUCUUUGGUUGGAAAAGUAUCUGCAAUCGUGGCCAACUACGUUACUGGUUGUUUCGCAUGACCGAAAUUUCUUGGACACGGUACCUACCGAUAUACUGUAUUUACGAGGACAGAAAAUAGAAGCUUAUCGAGGCAAUUACGAACAAUUCUCGAAGACCAAAGGAGAACGCGAGAGAAAUCAGCAAAGAGAAUACGAAGCUCAGCAAGCUAAAAGAGCUCACGUGCAAGAGUUCAUCGAUCGGUUUCGAUACAAUGCCAAUCGUGCUUCUAGUGUACAGAGUAAGAUAAAGAUGCUGGAGAAAUUGCCGGAAUUGAAGCCAAUGGAGAAAGAAGGAGAAGUUACUCUUCGGUUCCCAGACGUUGAACCACUAAGUCCUCCGAUAUUACAACUCAACGAAGUAUCCUUCAGUUAUACGGGAGGAAGCGAUAACGUGAUAUUUACCGGUGUAAAUCUUACAGCUAGUUUGCAAUCUCGUAUCUGUAUCGUAGGGGAGAAUGGCGCAGGUAAAACGACACUUUUGAAAAUAAUAACAGGUACUUUAAGUCCAAGCAGAGGUACAGUGCACGUCCAUCGAAAUUUAAAGUUCGGAUACUUCAGCCAACACCAUGUUGACCAACUCGAUAUGCGGGUUUGUCCAGUCGAAUUACUGCAAAAUCAUUUUCCAGGGAAACCUGUCGAGGAGUACAGGAGAAUGUUGGGAAGUUUUGGAAUUAGCGGUAACCUAGCUCUACAAACUAUCAAUUCUUUGUCCGGUGGGCAGAAGUCGAGAGUUGCGUUCGCGUUAAUGUGCGCGGCCAUGCCAAAUUUCUUAGUUCUCGAUGAACCUACGAAUCAUCUUGAUAUCGAGUCGAUCGAAGCCUUAGGCAAAGCACUGAAUACUUGCCAAGCCGGUGUAAUACUAGUCUCGCACGACGAAAGAUUAAUUCGCAUGGUAUGCACUGAAUUAUGGGUAUGCGGAGACGGUUCUGUACAAUGCAUUGAAGGCGGUUUCGACGAGUACCGUAAGAUUAUUGAAAGAGAACUCGAAAUUUGAAUAUCGUUUAAGAUUUAAUCGCUUCAUCAUUCUUGCAUUGUUCCGGGUCAAGUUACCGAUAUAAAUAUGUUUGUUGAUUUAAAUAAAUACAAGGAAGGAGGAACGUUCGUUAAAAGAUGUUUCUUAUUCUGCAGCAGUGCAUACUUUAUGUUGUUUAUCGAUGUAGGUAUUUAUCAACAACCAUGAAAACGUUAUACUGCGUAUGUGUGCAUAUGCGCGCGCGCGCGCGCGCACACACACACGCACACAGUCAACAAUAAAAUACUAUGAGAUAGACUGAGUUUGGGUUCACAACUAGUAGGAUUAGGAAAGUAUCACAUUGUUUCACUGCCAGAUACAAUAACUACAUCUAAAAAGUUCUGAUAUUUAAUAUUGUACAUUAGUAAAUAAUAAAAGGUCGUUGUUAUAAAUAAAAGUA